UGUUCUAGUGUUCAUUGUCUUCUUAGAAUGUUGUAGAUAGACAAUUCACUUAAAGUGGCUUUGAAGAUAAUAAUUUGUAUUUAACUAAGUCUUGCCAUACUACAGUAGCUGUCUCUGAGAAAAUGACAUUUGUUUUUGGUUAACUGCUCACUUUUAUAGGACACAAUUAGUAUUAUUUGGCCUUUUGAAGCAUGGUCUACUUCUUUUACUACCAAGACUGAUGAUGACCUGGGUCAGACAACAGGACCAACAUGAAGAGAAGAGAAAAACAACUCACCAGAGUUUUCCUCUCACCUCCACAUGCAUACAUUCUAGGAAGGAAGUGUUAAAAACUACUCAACAGUAAUCAGAGAAGGCUGGACAGAUAUUACUGUCUCUGCUUGUACAACUGAAGCAGAACUUUUUUUUUUAUACAAAUAAAUGAAGUAGCUGGUGAACUUGACUUACACAUAUACUCACAUUCCUUGUGAUUGCUGGGGCCAACAUAGGGCAGGCGCGUAGUUCUCCUGUGGGAGGCACUGUUUGCAGUCCCUAGAACUGCAUGGAGAAUAAUGGAAUAAUUAUAAUGAUUCUUACUUCUUGGUUCUGGAGUUCUAGAAAAUGCUAAUUUAGACUUAGACUUCCAGAACGGGGGGAGGGGGGGUGUCACAGCUACUCCUUCACUUUAAUUUUAAUCUACAAAACAGUGAUAUGUGUGUGUCCUGCGGGGUUUUUGUGGCUGAGGGCUUGAUGAUAACUUAGUCAUUGACCCAGGUAUUUUCAUUAUUACUUAGCUUUAAAACCUUGAUAUCUCCGCCCCCCCCCCCCUUGUUUCUCUGUGUAGCCCUGGCUGUCCUACAACUCACUCUGUAGACCAGGCUGGCCUCAAAUCAGAGAUCCACCUGCCUCUGCCUCCCGAGUGCUGGUUUUAAAGGCAUGUGCCAACACUGCCUGGCUAAAAUGUUGAUUUUUUUUUUUGAUGGUUUAUACUUGUAUAUAAUAUAUUCUGCCUGUGUUCUCCAUCCUUCCCAUCUAUUUCUCAGCCUUAUCAACCUCUCCCCACCCAUGCCUUCUAUUUUCCAGAUUCGCAACUGUAGGUUGUGUUCUGUGAACCAUUUAGUUUAGCCAAGACUGCCUGUUUGACUGUUGGAUUAAACCCUAGUGGUGUCAUCUGCUGGUUAUCGCUCCCUAAUCUGUGUGUAGGGAGAGUAGCAAUUUAUUUUUUUGUUUGUUUUUUUGUCUUUUUAAUCUGAGAUUUAAAGUUGUAGGAGAGCCGGGUAUAUUGGUUUAUUUAUACCUUGUAAUCCCAGCACUUGAGUAGUGAAAGCGCGUGGAUCCAGGGACGUUUGACUUUGAGCAUAGGGAGAUGUUUUCUCAAAGAAAAGAAAAAAGAAAAAAAAAAAGUAGUGUAAGCAGUGGUAGGGGAAUUCACUCCAGUCUGUUACUUGUAACAGCCUGAGGAGUUCCUUUUAUGAUUUUGGUACCUUAAGUAUUUUUGUGUUCUUGCAGAGAAUAACUCCUGGUAGAUAAGCCUGGGUGCAGCAGAUUGAUGUUUAUUCAAAGACACUGUUAAGCAUGAUGGCUAAGAGGUUGCUUGGGUAGAAACUAAUUCAGACCCCAGAACAUGAUAGUAGUGGAUGGGGUAACUCUGUAGGAUUUUGGAUUUUCUUGCUCUGUGGGUGUAGAGGCAGUUUUGUUUCUUUUUUUUCUUUUUCUCUUUUGAUAAAUGAGAUUAGAUGGCUUUAUCAGUGGAAUUAUAGUCCGAUAAGAUAAAACUAAGCCACUAAAUUUGCAAAAGGGAGUUAGAACUUUUAUUGUAAAUCUCUGGUGAGAUUUCUAGCAAACUUUAGGUUUACAAUUGGGAAGGGAGAACGCCUUAAGCAAAUGUUGAGUCUAUUGUGAUUCUUGUUUUGGUUUUUGUUUUUCCUAGACAGGGUUUCUCUGUAUAGCCCUGGCUGUCCUGGAACUCACUUUGUAGAUCAGGCUGGCCUCGAACUCAGAAAUCCGCCUGCCUCUGCCUCCCGAGUGCUGGGAUUAAAGGCGUGCGCCACCAAGCCCAGCUUCUGUUGUGAUUCUUGAUUCUCUGCUGGGGAGAAGCUUCAGCAAGACUUUGGGAAGAUUCUAGUGUUCCAGAACCGCCAGACAAUGAAAGAAAAGCAAGUUUAUCAUGUUUCCAAAAUCAAAGAGCAAUACAGGAAUAUAUUGAUUUAUCAUCUGAUACUGAAGAUGUUUCUCCAAAUUGUUCCAGUACAGUUCAAGAGAAAAAAUUCAGCAAAGACACAGUGAUUAUAGUUUCAGAGCCAUCUGAAGAUGAAGAAUCCCAUGACCUUCCUUCUGUUACACGAAGAAAUGACAGUUCAGAACUGGAAGACCUUUCAGAAUUGGAAGAUCUUAAAGAUGCUAAGCUUCAGACAUUGAAGGAACUGUUUCCACAAAGAAGUGACAGUGAUCUUCUAAAGUUGAUUGAAUCAACAAGCACUAUGGAUGGAGCCAUUGCUGCUGCCUUGCUGAUGUUUGGUGAUGCAGGUGGUGGACCCAGGAAAAGGAAAUUAUCUUCUUCUUCUGAGGAGGAUGACGUUAAUGAUGAUCAGUCUGUAAAACAGCCGCGAGGGGACCGUGGAGAAGAAUCAAAUGAGUCUGCAGAAGCCAGCAGCAACUGGGAAAAGCAAGAAAGUAUUGUGUUGAAAUUGCAAAAGGAAUUUCCAAAUUUUGAUAAACAGGAAUUAAGAGAAGUGCUUAAGGAGCAUGAGUGGAUGUACACAGAAGCCUUGGAGUCUCUGAAAGUGUUUGCGGAAGAUCAAGACGUGCAGUGUGCUUCACAAAGUGAAGUUACAAAUGGAAAAGAAGUUGCAAGGAAUCAAAAUUAUUCUAAAAAUGCAACUAAAAUAAAAAUGAAACAGAAAAUUUCCGUGAAACCACAAAAUGGCUUUAACAAGAAACGUAAGAAAAAUGUAUUUAAUCCUAAGAAAGCCGUAGAGGACUCUGAGUACGAUUCAGGUUCUGAUGCUGGGAGCUCACUGGAUGAGGACUAUAGCAGUUGUGAAGAAGUGAUGGAGGACGGCUAUAAAGGCAAAAUUCUUCAUUUCCUUCAAGUUUCUUCAAUUGCUGAACUGACUUUGAUUCCUAAGUGUUCUCAGAAAAAGGCUCAGAAAAUAACAGAACUCCGGCCCUUUAAUAAUUGGGAAGCUCUGUUUACAAAGAUGUCUAAAAUCAAUGGCCUAUCUGAAGAUUUGAUAUGGAAUUGCAAAACGGUAAUUCAAGAAAGGGACGUAGUUAUAAGACUUAUGAACAAAUGUGAGGACAUUUCAAAUAAACUGACCAAACAAGUUACGAUGCUCACCGGGAAUGGAGGCGGAUGGAACAGAGAACAGCCCUCCCUUCUAAACCAAAGUUUGUCACUCAAGCCCUAUCAGAAGGUUGGGUUGAACUGGCUGGCGUUGGUGCAUAAGCAUGGACUUAAUGGCAUUCUGGCAGACGAAAUGGGCCUAGGAAAAACCAUUCAAGCCAUUGCAUUCCUGGCAUACCUCUUUCAAGAGGGUAAUAAAGGGCCUCAUUUGAUUGUUGUUCCAGCCUCCACCAUAGAUAACUGGUUAAGAGAAGUUAACUUAUGGUGCCCCAGUUUAAAUGUGCUCUGUUACUAUGGUUCUCAAGAAGAGCGUAAGCAAAUUAGAUUCAACAUCCAUAAUAAGUAUGAGGAUUACAAUGUAAUUGUUACAACGUAUAAUUGUGCAAUCAGCAGCUCUGAUGACCGCAGUCUCUUUCGACGACUGAAACUGAAUUAUGCAAUUUUUGAUGAAGGCCAUAUGCUGAAGAAUAUGGGCUCUAUCCGCUAUCAACAUCUAAUGACAAUUAAUGCACGUAACCGUUUAUUGCUCACAGGCACACCUGUGCAGAAUAAUCUGCUAGAACUCAUGUCAUUGUUGAAUUUUGUUAUGCCACACAUGUUUAGCAGUAGCACCAGUGAAAUCCGAAGGAUGUUUUCUUCUAAAACGAAACCAGCAGACGAGCAGAGUAUAUACGAAAAGGAGAGAAUAGCCCACGCGAAGCAAAUCAUUAAGCCCUUCAUCCUCAGGAGAGUGAAGGAGGAGGUUCUUAAGCUCCUGCCUCCCAAGAAGGAUCGGAUUGAGCUAUGUGCGAUGUCAGAGAAGCAGGAGCAGCUCUACUCGGGCCUCUUCAACAGAUUGAAAAAGUCUAUCAACAACCUGGAAAAAAACACAGAGAUGUGCAAUGUCAUGAUGCAAUUGAGAAAAAUGGCCAAUCACCCUUUACUACACCGCCAGUAUUACACACCUGAGAAACUGAAGGAGAUGUCUCAGCUAAUGCUGAAGGAACCUACGCACUGUGAGGCCAACCCUGACCUGAUCUUUGAAGACAUGGAAGUUAUGACAGAUUUUGAACUACAUGUACUUUGUAAACAGUAUCAACACAUUAAUAGUUACCAGUUAGACAUGGAUUUAAUUUUAGAUUCUGGGAAAUUCCGAGCCUUAGGAUGCAUCUUGUCUGAGUUGAAACAGAAGGGUGAUAGAGUUGUAUUAUUCAGCCAGUUUACCAUGAUGCUGGAUAUACUAGAGGUUCUCUUAAAGCAUCAUCAACAUAGGUACCUCCGAUUAGAUGGAAAGACUCAGAUUUCUGAAAGGAUUCAUCUAAUUGAUGAGUUUAAUACAGAUAUGGAUAUCUUUGUAUUUCUCUUGUCAACUAAAGCUGGUGGACUAGGAAUAAAUCUUACUUCAGCAAAUGUUGUUAUACUUCACGACAUUGAUUGCAAUCCAUACAAUGACAAACAAGCAGAAGACAGGUGCCAUAGAGUUGGUCAGACUAAAGAAGUAUUAGUUAUUAAAUUAAUAAGCCAAGGAACUAUUGAAGAGUCCAUGCUAAAAAUUAACCAACAAAAGUUGAAACUAGAGCAAGACAUGACCACAGUAGAUGAAGCUGAUGAAGGAAGUAUGCCAGCAGAUAUAGCCACAUUACUAAAAACAUCAAUGGGCCUGUGAAGGAGAGCGCGGAAUUCCUGAUUGAUGAGGACAUAUCAACUUGGUGCAUUCAAGGACAUUCACAUCACGGUGACCAUGGGGUUUCUGAGCAUUUGUAAUUUUUUAUAAUUUCAUGUUGCAUUUCACAUAGUAUGGACAACUUUUUGCCACUAACUGGAUUCUCCAGAUCCUCACAUCCUGAAAAUGUUGACUAAUCAUUUUUCAAAGCAGUUUUCUGAAUGGGGUUAGUUGGUGAUUGUUUGUAACAAAUAUGCUAAUGCUUUAGAAAUGUCAGUAUUUUUGUAAUUAUUUCUACCUCCAGAUAUAUAUACAUAUAUAUAUAUAUAUAUAGUGUCUUUCACUGGAUAAUGUGUGUAGAUUUACAUGUGCCUUAUUUGACAAUGUUUAUGUCUUGUUUUGCUUGUCUGAUUUGAAGUUUUUAUUAUGUUAAAGAAUGCAGCUGUAUAGGUUGUUCAGUCUUCAUUUUAUUGCUAUUUGAUGCAGAUGUUCACCAAUGUCAGUAAGAACUCAGCCUGAAUCACAAGGUGGCAUUCCAUCCACUAAUGUCCCCAGGUCCUCUUCUUCCUCCUGUUAGAACACAUUUGUUUGGCUAAGCACUAAGUUGUUUUCCAGUGAGUAGGAACUGAAGCCUUUCUCCUGCUCUGGGGGGUCAGUUCCUUCUUUCAUUUUCUUAUUGCACCUCUGGCUCAUUAACUCUGCCUUCGCUUGUGUGUGUUGCUAUCAGCUUCCUCUCCCGCUUUUGCUUCUCUUAACCAUUGCCCAGUCACUUCUGCUCCAGUUUUCUCUUACACAUUUCCUUCUGCUGAAUCACCAAGAUCAGCAGAUGUUGGUGGCAUAUUUCUAGUCCAGCAGAACAGAUUAACUUAAAGAUACUUUCACUUCAAAGGAAACUGGAUGUGACUUCAUACCAAGGUAAUGCUAGAUACUGCAUGAAAAUAGGUCAUUAACUUUAAAUUCUUAACAAAAUAUAAUUUACCAGUUCCCAGGAUUUCCAAUACAGAACCACCUGAAGAGAAGCCAUUGUUCAAUUCCAGUUCAGUGUGGGUGACAAAGUGAAAUUUAGAAGUAAAAUUGUCUAUUUGGUAUUUCAGUCUUUAUUAACUUUUCAUUUAAAUUUUGCCUGUCAGUCUAUAUUGCUGUUUUUAUUAUACAUCAGAUUCUUUGUAUAACUUGUGAGUUUUAUGUGCUUUGUUUUAUAAUGUAAAUAUCAUUAUAAAUAAACUUAUUUAUAAAUGAGAGAUUUGUUAAUUAUUGUAGCUCAUACUUUUCAAGACACCCCCAGUGCUGAGGUGCUAGGUAAACACUUAGAUGGGUGACACAAUCCUACAGUGCUAUUUUUUUUUCAGGUAUCUGAGACUCUGAACUCCUGACUCAGUAGAUUUAAUAUUGAAGAUAUAUGACUGUAUCAAAUUUAUCUCCCCACUACGGGGCUGCCAGGAAUUUGCAGGUGUUAAUGCUACCUCCUUGUGAUCACAGUACCCAGGUCGCUUAGUCAAGUUGUUGGAAAUUGUACCUUUUAAACCCACAGUGAAUUUCCCUUAACUUUUCUGUGUGAAAUGUGUCUCCCACAGUAGGCUCAUUGGUUGUGGUGUUGUUAUAUCUGAAUUUUUUCUAAUGAAAUGUAGUUGGAUUCUCCCUGUAAUAUUUUAUUAUGUCUUGGGUUUAAUAAAAAUAUUUGUGAUCAUUAAGUUGUAUUUCA